UUGCCAGAGACGCGGUUUGGCAGAGCGCAGCGCGCUGCUCCGGACGCACCUGAACAGUCAGAGCGCUGUGACCAUCAGGGAGCUGGAAACAGUCUUUCACUUGCUCCGAGCCCCACACACACACGCAUGCACACACACACACACACACCCGCACACACGCACGCACGCACGCACGCACGUCGCGCUCUGCCACAUCUGCCACGACGUCUCUGAUGGAGAGCGGAGCAGUCUGACGGAGUCUUUGUGGAUGUGGAGUUACAUGUUUGGCGGCUCCUGAGGACCAGAUCAUCCUCAUGGAGCUCUGCCCUGAAAUAUCUGUGAACGUUUAAACGACGACUUUAAGAAGCCUCGAAAAGAAGUCCGCGCGGCGCGUCCGCGCUGCAUGUUGAUCCCCGCGUUAUAACUUGACCACGAUGCCCCCCCAGACCAACUGCGUGGAAAACUUGAAGGCAUGCCGCAUGUCGAGAAUUGCGAACGCGCGAGCAAGCUGAAACAGAUGGACACGAGUCCAACAACACCCUGGAGACGUGCUGUGUUGCUGAAUGGGUGACAAGCUCCCAGUCACCUCACAUACCCUGAAGCCCACCUCCCAUCGCAUUGUGCAGGACAGGGUCCCCCCAGCUCAGGGGCAGUGAUGUACCAGGAGGUGGCCUUCCUGGCUAAUAGCACUGAGCACCAGUUCACCCCCUUCCACUUCAAACGUGUGGAGAACCCUCAGGAGGUCCAGUCCAAGAAGGGCUUGUUCUACAAGCGAGCGCAGCUCCUGCUCCAGCCGCAGUCCUGCCAGCAGGAUGGAGACGAGAUCGGCCUGGCUGACGGCGCGGCCAUUAUAAACGUGGGGGGGAUCAAGUACCGCAUCCCCUGGUCCACGCUGGAGGAGUUCCCCCUGACGCGGCUGGGCAAGCUGCGCGGCUGCAGCAGCGAGGCUGAGAUCAUGGACCUGUGCGACGACUACGACGGCAGCCGCAAUGAGUACUUCUUCGACCGGAGCCCGUCAGCUUUCCGCACAAUCGUGUCUUUCUUGGCGGCGGGGAAGCUGCGGCUGCUGCGGGAGAUGUGCGCCCUGUCCUUCCAGGAGGAGCUGCUGUACUGGGGGGUGGAGGAGAACCACCUGGACUGGUGCUGCCUCAGGAAGCUGCGGCUCAGGCAGGAGGAGUACAAGGAGCAGCAGAGGCUGGAGGAGGAGGAGGCCGAGCUCACCUCGCCGCAGUCCUGCGAGGAGAGCCAGCAGCCGCCCGGAGCGGGGGAACAGGAAGAGGGCGGUGCGGGGGGCUGCAUGCGAAGACUGAGGGACAUGGUGGAGAACCCCCACUCGGGCCUGCCGGGAAAGAUCUUCGCCUGUCUGUCAGUCUUAUUUGUAGCCAUCACGGCUGUGACGCUGUGUGUCAGCACCAUGCCAGACCUCAGAGAGGAGGAGGAGAGGGGUGAGUGCUCCCAGAGGUGCUACAACAUCUUUGUGCUGGAGACGGUGUGCGUUGCCUGGUUCUCCCUGGAGUUCCUGCUGCGCUUCAUUCAGACGCCGAGCAAGUGCACGUUCCUGCGUACGCCUCUAAACGUCAUUGACGUGGUGGCCAUCCUUCCCUACUACAUCACCCUGAUUGUGGACUCUCUGUCAGUGGGAGGGAAAGCUACGGGCUCAGGGAACAACUACCUGGAGAAGGUGGGGUUAGUCCUCCGAGUCCUGCGAGCUCUACGGAUCUUUUACGUGAUGAGGUUGGCGCGCCAUUCCUUGGGCUUGCAGACGCUCGGUCUGACAGUGCGCAGGUGUACGCGGGAGUUCGGCCUGUUGCUGCUGUUUCUGUGCGUGGCCAUGGCUCUUUUCUCGCCACUCGUGUUCCUAGCUGAGAGCGAGCUGGGCGCCAAGCAGGAGUUCACUAGCAUCCCCGGCAGCUACUGGUGGGCCGUCAUCUCCAUGACCACGGUCGGCUACGGAGACAUGGUGCCCAGGAGCAUACCGGGCCAGGUGGUGGCGCUCAGCAGCAUCCUGAGCGGCAUCCUCCUCAUGGCCUUCCCCGUCACGUCCAUCUUUCACACCUUCUCUCGCUCCUACGUAGAGCUGAAGGCAGAACAGACCCGCUCGCUGAGGCAGAAGCCCGACUCGCAGGACAGCACCAAGUCCCAGAACAGCGAAGACUCUCAGGAGACGGACAGCUACCACGGCAUCACCGAGGCUGCCGCCUCCUCCGUGCAGCGGAGGAAAUCCAUGGCUGUUCAAAGGGCUGCUGAGAUUAGAGGGUCCAUGAAAAUGUAGCCGCUGCCUGCCUGUCUGGUUGUGGCCGUGACACCCAGCGCUGAGACUGCCUGCCAAGUUGACAAGCUGCAGGAUUGUGAGCAGGGAGGAGAUUUUGUUCUCUGGAGAUUGAGGUCUCUGCUUUGAUCGUGUGCAGCGCUUGUGCACCAGAGUGUAUCUGAGUUUCUUAAGUUUUACAGAGGAGCUGCAGCUGUUUGUUUUUUUCUUCAUAAAUUUGACUUGAAAAUAUGGCUAACUGUACAAUAUUCAUGAUAAGACAACCAAGUCAAAUGAGAUUUAAGAAGUGACAGAGACAGUACUCUCACUGACUGCUAUUCUGACUAGAGAUAAAUGAUCUCAGACUAAAAACUAAUGUUCCUCGUGUAGCUGCAUAUCAGAGGAUUGUCUGAAAUAAAGGUGUUUCUGAGUCAGA